AUGGCUAGUAUCUUGCUCCAGCUGUGCGGAUAUGUCGGAAAUAUCGUCUUUGGAAUUGUGAUGAUUAUUGCGAUAAUGCUGCCCUACUGGCGAGUACAGGACGUGCAGUUUCAAGUGGACGAGUCGCAGUGGAAAAGUACGGGACUCUUCCGGCAAUGCACAUGGAUCAAUACAGGACACUACGAUUGCUACAGAAUCAGGAAUUUUCUGUUCUCAGAAGAUCGGAAAAUUGACUUGGCGGUUUGUUUCAUGGCUAUGAUCAGUCUCAUAAUUUGGUUCUUAAAUUUGAUCUGCACGAUUCCCGCGCUUUCCUGCACAAUCUUCCUUGUCCAAUACCGCCAGUACUCGAAAGAAAACUUCGUCUGCUGGUCUUCGAUUGUCUUUGCCCUGUGCGCGUUUUUGAACAUCGCUGCGGCCUCGCUUCACGCUGCUGUGACCGUUGCCGAGUAUGAAAAAUCAGCUGGAUACCAAUUUAGAUUCAGAUGGGGCUGUAGCAUCUAUUUGGCCUGGCUCAGCGGGUUGGGGAUGCUGCUCUUCUCGGUGUUGCAGUUUACUGCUUCGCAUAAAAGCAAGUUCGACCAAGAAGAGCGAGGAUCGACUUUGAUCGUCCACUCCGCCUCGACGAAGCACAAAUUUGGCACCGAAAACAAAUCGUUUCCUGCUACUCCUCCUUCUGGAUUCAUUUAA